AUGUCUGACGCAUGGGGUCGUCAAAGCAAGGCGUACGCUGAAAAGUUCCAGCAGGGUCCCCCCAAAGUUUCUGCCGAAGCGAUUCUCAAAGCCAUUGAUACACUUUUGCCAUUAGAAAAGGCUUCUGCCAUUUUAGACAAUGGAUGUGGCACCGGGAUAGGCAUUAGCACGUUAAUCAGGAGCUACUCACACCGCUUACCUGAUUCUUCAAGGUUGGUUGCUGCCGACCUUAGCCCUAAAAUGGUGUCAGCCGUAGAAAAAAUAAAAGAGAGCCAUCCAGAAAGUAAUCUGUGGAGCAAACUGGAGCUCAAAGUGUGUGAUGUAAAUGACAUGAGCUGUUUUGAUGAUGCCAGUCUCAGCCAUAUCAUUGCUUCGUUGGUAAUGUUCUUUUCAAAUGACCCCGACGCUGCAUUUAAUGAAGCGUAUAGGACUCUAAAGCCGGGUGGUGCAAUCGGGAUGACAUCGUUUCAGAGAAUACAAUGGAUGGACCUUCGCAACGUUGUCCAGAAAAUUAGGCCAGAACUGGCCCCUCCACAACUGCCACCUCGAUGGGCCUCAGCUGAAUGGAUAAGAGAACAGUGCUCCAAGGCAGGAUUUGUCGAUGUCACUGUGGAGCCUACUGACGUGUUUCUAGAGGUAGACGAGCCCCGCGAGUUAGCGGAUUUCCUGGUGAACAGCGGCAUCCCACAGGUUUCUGGUAUCUUUGGGUCGCUCACGACAGAACAGAAGAACGAGGUGAUUGACUUGAUUGUCAAAGAGGUUAAUACUAACUACCAAAAGCCAAUUAGGAUCCCUGGUGUCCUUUUAGUUUCCAGUGCUACACGACGGGCUGCGAAGUAG